AUGGGCGUCAUGGGUGGCUCCGCAGAGGAAAGUGAACUCGACACUGCUGCCACUGGCGGGACUGCCAGUCUCCACGUCUUGCCGACAUCAUCAGCCACCCGUUUGUGGUCAUCUUCGGCGGCAACCUCCGGUGUCGUCUAUCCCGUGCGACAUGAUUCGGUGGCAAUAUUUUUCCGCCACGUCUACCAGCUGUCCAUCUCGAGAUUGCGUGCUCUGUGUGACCGACUGGGACUGCCCAUGGAUGUUUUAGCCAAAAUAUGGACCUGUUUUGAGCACAUUCUAGUUCAUAACACGGACCUCUUGAAAGAUAGGUGUCUGGACCAGAUUCUACUCUGUUGCAUUUAUGGAAUUUCGAAAGUCGUACUCCAUCGCCCCUUCACUUUCGUUGAGCUCGUUCAGGUAAAUGCAGUUUACACCGCCCUCCCUCUCUUUUGA